AUGAACUAUGACAUUUGUCUGCAAAUCAUUACGAAUAGCAAUCAAGCCCCAGAUAGCAAGCCCGAGGCCUGGCGAUCAUCAUCUCAGGUGCUAGACAAUAUGGAUUCAAAUUUGCUGUCUUCAACCUCUAGUGGCGCUGAUGUGAAGGCAGAUUUCCGCAAGCCUUUAAGUGAUGCAGCUAACAGGAAAUAUCGGCGACGGUCUCCACUUAGUGGGUCAUCUUCAUCUGAUGGUAGUCCUAAUCAUGAGCAUAACUCUAGUCCUAUCCCAUCAAGGGAACAUGAUCGACGAAGAAAGGAUGAUGAGAGGGACUUAGAUCGGGAUUCUGGUAGGAGUCAGUAUAGGCGGAGUGGUGACUCGUAUAGACAUUUUGAUCGACAGUUGUUUAGGAGUUCUCAAAGUUACCGUAGGCAUGAUGACUAUAGCAGACGUGAAAAGAAUGCGGAUGACAAUGAAAGAGAUUCACAUUUUUCCUCUCGUUCUGGUCGAGAGUCGAGGGGUGGCACUAAUUCUGAUUAUAUGAGGCGAGAAAGGGAGCAUAGCAGACCAAGAGACCAUCUGCGUGAUGUUGAGAAGCAUUCCGUUGGUAAGUUUGAUGGUUCAGGGCAUAGAAGCAGGGAUAAGGACAGAGAAAUCUCAUCUCUUGAGUAUCGAAGAUGUAAAGAUAAGGAACCACUGUCUGACAGUGACCGGUCUGGUAGGAGGCAUUCCAACUCCAACACUGAUUAUGUCAAAUCUGAGGAGUGGGAUAGGCAUAAGGGGGAUAGAGAUGGUCGAAAUGAGAAGAGAGACCACUGUAUGAGCUUGGGGGAUUACAGAAGUGAUCGUUCACCUACCCAUGGAGAGUACAAGGGGCAUCAAACUGACUCGCCUGCAAGAAGGGACAGUUCUGGACGUCGUCUGAAAGAGGCUUCUAGGAUUGACACUAAGGAACUGGAUGGACAUAAGUACCAAAAAGAAGAAACGAAAAAAUAUGAUGAUCGGGAGGCUAACAGGCAAAAGGAGAGGUACAAUAGAGAAGCAGGGGAGCAAUUGGAAGACAGAACUGUUUUUACCAGUAAAGAUCAAGAAUCUCUAGCCAAUAAGUCAAUGUUGUUUGGCUCGGAUGGUGGCACUGAUCAUGGGAAAGAUGUGGUUGAUGAAAGGCAGUCUUUGAGUUCAAAGCAAGUGCAGGAGAGUGUUGGUAAAGUGACUUCGGAGCGGACCUAUGUCACUGACUCUGAUAUAGAUGCUGCAAAAGUUGCUGCAAUGAAAGCUGCUGAAUUAGGUAUGCAACUACUGCAUAUAAUUACAGUUAUAAGUGGUGAUCUUAGCAUUGUUAAAUUCCCAAGUUAAGAGUAACUUGGGAAAUUUGGUUCUUAGCAUCUGUUGGAAUCUUAACAGCCUCAGUUACACCCCCAAAGAAAUUUUUUUGUCCCUUAUGCCUAGUAGCUGUAAUUAUCAAGGGUCAAUUUCAAAGUAAUAGAUCUGAAUUUCCACUUGGCAUAGCCUUAAGUACAAUGACAUAGACCAAUCUUAAUCUAGGAUCCAAGUAGCUUAAAAUUUUCUUCAGUUUUUGAAAAUUUUGGGGCUUGUCCGAUUUUUUUGAAAACUUUGUGGCUACUUUGGAAUUUUUGAAAAUCAGGGGUUUGGGAAUUUUUGAGGCUUUAGUGUUGAUUCUGGAAUUUAAGAAGCUCUGAGGGUAAUCCUGAAAUUUUAGGAACUUUUGGGUUUUUUAUAUAUUGGAGUAUCUGGGGCCUCUCUAGAAUAUCAAACGUUUUUUUGGUGGGUCGGGCUAAAUUUUGGUGGGGGUUAUAAGCCUGAAUUUGUAGGUCAGACUUCGGUCAGUUUAAGUAGAGUCGGGCCAAUCCUAAAAGAUUUAAAGAUGAACAAAUAGUAAGGUUUCUUAGCACAAUCUUUGGUCACCAACUUUGAGCUCCAGCUUCCAAGUUUUGUCACAACAGGAAAAAAAAAAAAAAGUAGUAAGUGACUGUGUUGAUCAGUGGUUAGGCUCUGGCCAGGGGCGGAGCUAGAAUGUUUUUGUAGUGGGGGCAAAAAUCAUAAUGAAAACCAAUCAACCGAGAUAAUAUAUUUUGAAACAUAAUUUGUUCCAGUCAAAUAUCAGAAUCUAAUUUUCAAGAAAGCAAAAAUUAAGAAUUUAAUUAUUGAGAGAACACUGUCCAAGAGACAAAAUCAAAGAGAACGGUCACAUAAAUGAUAACUAUCAAACUCGUUGCUAUUUCACAAAUAGAUUUCGAGUGGUUAUAAUCGGUGACAUGGUGUGUAGGAAAAAAGAAAAUUAGAGAUAAAAAAGACGACAAUGAAUUGUAUAAAAGAAACAUAAAUUUAAAAUUUUAAUUUGUGAAAGAAUCCAAUUUUUUACUAAUAAGGAAUAGUGCUAUUGGGGUCUAAAAAUCUAUCCUAAAUUGUUGACCUAAUGACGCGACAACAGAGAUGUUAAAAUAGUAUUACUCUAAUUAGAACAUUUGGAUUUAUUUUUUGAGGCCACACCAUUAGCACAUUAUUAGGUCAGUCAAUUAGUUUAGAUUUUUAGACCCAAAAGUGUUAUUGAAAUAUAGAAAUAGAGAUAAAAUUAUACAAAUUUUUAGUGGGGGCAAAUUUUAAAUAAUUAUAAAUUUAUAAACAUUUCAAAACUAUCCCAAAAAAAUUUCUAAAGUGCACCGGGGGCAGUUGCCCCCACUGCCAAAUCCGCCACUGGCUCCGGCGAGGUUUGACAUUGCUGUGCAAUGAGGGAAAUGGCUGUGGUGAUUCCAUACUUUCCAAAUCCAAGCGGUAGCCUACAACAAUGGACCUCAAUCGGGAACAUGUUUGAACCUUUUGAACCAGUUCAAGUUCUUCCAUGACAGGCAAUGACUACGAUGGUGAGACUCAAGGCAACGGCGAUAUAUUGAACAGCUAUUUUGGCACUGAUGGAUGAACAAUCACCUGGAUUUUUUUCGAGAUGUGGGGAUGUAAUUGAUAUGGAUUUGAGGAUUGAGAGGGAGAAAAAGCAGCGUUCAAUUUGCGAUUGGAAGAAGGUGAAUCAAUUUGGGGAAAUAGUGACGAUUGUGUGCAACAGUGGAUCAAUAUUUGCUUUGAUAGCAUGAAAACCUAGAUUAAGUAUUAAAGAAAAAGAGAGGAAAGAAAGUUGUCAGCUACUCUCUAAUAUUCCAUUGUAUGAAAAAUAGGAUAUAAGAGAGGAAAUAAAUAAAUCUCUACAAGAAGAAAAAACUAGGCUAUCCCUAGUGAAAUAAACAGAAAUAAUGAAUACAAUCCUAACAAGGCCAUCCAAAUAGGGCUGUGGAUUUGAGACCAAGAAUUUCAAAAUCCUUGGAGCCAAAUCCUAAAGUAGCGAGGAAUUAUUUGUUUUGUGUGGUCAUAUGAGAUGUUUGAUAAAGGGAAUCACUGAGUGCCACAUAAUCAUAAGCGUGCUGUAGUAUGUUCUGCUGUAGUAGCAGAUAUGGAGGUAUUGUGUUGUGCAUUCUGUCAAGGAAAAAUACCUUUUGGCCAACAUGCCUUUAAGCUGCAAUUUGGAUAAGCCUAUUGAAGACCAUAUUCCAUGUCCUAUUUGUGCUGGUAAACAACUUACUCAAUACGAACAUAUUGAAAAUAUGCAAAUAAGCAUUGAAACUAUGUACAAUCAAUGGGGAUGUUCCACUUUGCAGACUAUGUUUCAAAGAGAGGAAGAUAACCAUCUCCCCCCCCCCCC